AUUAUAUUUGAGACAGAAUUAAUUUCGUUCAUUCAAUGUCCUCAUCUGUCAUCAAAAUCAAAUGUCAAAUUAAACGCCAAAGUUGAAAAAUACAGAAAAGGUUCUUGAAUUUUCGUAAAUUACAAUAGUUUUUGUGAUAAUUAAUUGAAAUACAACAAUGGUGUCACUUAACCCAGUAAGAGUAUUAAAACAUGAGGCUGAGGAAGAGCGUGCCGAAUUGGCACGUCUUUCCAGUUUUGUAGGAGCCAUAGCUAUAGGAGAUUUAGUCAAAAGUACGCUAGGCCCAAAAGGAAUGGACAAAAUAUUAGUGUCCAGCGGAAGAAAUGCUGGGGAAGUGGUAGUCACAAACGAUGGAGCAACUAUAUUGAAAAGUGUGGGUGUAGACAACCCAGCUGCUAAAAUCUUAGUGAAUAUGUCCAAAGUUCAAGAUGACGAAGUUGGUGACGGAACCACAUCUGUAACAGUUUUGGCUGCUGAACUUCUCAGGGAAGCGGAGAAACUUAUUGAACAAAAAAUUCAUCCACAGACGAUAAUUGCAGGAUGGAGAAAAGCUACUGAUAUUGCUCGUAAAGCACUUUUGGAUUGUUCAGUAGAUCAUAGUCUCGAUUCUGAGCAAUUUCGUGAAGACUUAAUGAACAUAGCGCGUACUACAUUGAGUUCCAAAAUUUUAGCUCAACAUAAAGAACAUUUUGCCAGUCUUGCUGUCAGUGCAGUUCUCCGUCUCAAAGGUUCUGGUAAUUUGGGAGCGAUUCAACUGAUAAAAAAGAGUGGCGGAACCCUGGAAGAUUCCUUCUUGGACGAAGGUUUUCUAUUAGAUAAGAAACCCGGAGUGCAUCAACCGAAGCGAGUGGAGAAUGCCAGAAUUCUUAUCGCCAACACCCCCAUGGACACUGAUAAGAUCAAAGUGUUUGGUUCCCACAUCAAAGUAGAUUCUAUGGCUAAAAUUUCAGAACUCGAAUUGGCUGAGAAGGAAAAGAUGAAGGACAAAGUGAACAAGAUCCUGAAGCAUAAUGUCAAUGUCUUCAUCAACAGGCAACUGAUCUAUAAUUAUCCUGAGCAGUUAUUCGCAGAUGCAGGAGUUAUGGCUAUUGAACAUGCCGAUUUUGAUGGUAUUGAGAGGCUGGCAUUAGUAACAGGUGGAGAAAUUGUUUCUACAUUCGAUCAUCCAGAACUAGUCAAAUUGGGGACAUGCAGUCUUAUCGAGCAGGUCAUGAUCGGAGAAGAUAUCUUGUUGCGAUUCAGCGGAGUCCCCAAAGGCGAAGCUUGCUCCAUCGUAAUUCGCGGGGCAACCCAGCAAAUUAUCGAUGAGGCUGACAGGUCUCUACAUGAUGCCCUGUGUGUACUUACAGCGACGGUGAAGGAAUCCAGGAUAGUGUACGGAGGAGGUUGCAGCGAAGUACUGAUGGCUUGUGCCAUCAACAAAGAAGCCAUAAAUGUGCCUGGAAAAGAGGCUGUGGCAAUGGAGGCCUUCGCGAGGGCGCUCCUCCAACUGCCCACCAUCAUAGCAGAUAACGGAGGUUACGAUUCGUCCCAGUUGGUCAGCGAGUUGAGAGCAGCUCAUAACAAGGGAGAAAGUAGCAUGGGUUUGGAUAUGCUGAGAGGAGAAAUUGGAGAUAUGAAGGCCUUAGGUAUUACUGAAUCUUUCGUGGUUAAACGGCAGGUUUUGUUGUCGGCUGCUGAAGCAGCAGAAGUGAUUCUUAGGGUGGACAAUAUCAUAAAAGCGGCCCCUAGGAGACGUGUUGAAGAUAGGGGACAUUGCUGAGUUUCGUACAUUCAGUCGCUUUCUUUUCAUGUUUAUUUAAUUAUGUAAUCAAUCUCAUAUCCUUCUUUUAAUUUUGUAAUGAGCUACUAAUACAAAUAUUGACCUCGA